AUAUAUAGUGAUCCAGACAAAGAUACAAUUAAUCAGUAUACAAAACGAAUGGAAUUUCUUAAAGGAUUUUUGAACACCAAAGAAAUUGAAAAUCCAGAGAAGAAAUUAGUUGCUUUGGAAAUGUUAGAACCUGUACAGGUGUCUGAUAGCCGUUCAAAAGAUAUUAAACAAAAGUAUAAAGUUACAUAUAUAAAUCAAUUGAGAGAUGAACUACUUGGAAAUGAUACAAAUGAAUUCAGAUCAUCUAGGCAACCAGAUGUAGAUAGUAGUGAUAAUUUGGAUGAAUUAUUGCGACAUCAUCAAAAUAAACAGGAAUCUAUUGCUGAAGAAUUAAUGGCAAUUACUCGAGGUUUACGAGAACAUUCCGAACUUGCUGGAAAAAUAAUUAAAAAAGACAUUGAAAUUUUAGAAAAAUCAUCAAAAGGUAUGGAUACUAAUUUUGAAAAUUUAAAAAGAGAAGAACAAAGAUUAACAGAGUUUGUAAGAAAAAGCACUUGGAGGUGUUGGAUAUGGGUUUUAGCUGUUGCUAUGGUUGCAAUUUUUAUAAAAAUGAUUUUAUUCAUCAAAGUGACAAAGAAAAGUUAAUGAAUUUGAAUUACCUUUGCGUCUAAAUAUGUUUAUGUGAUUUACACAACAUUU